AUGGAUUCACUCGUAGAUAUAUUGAUGGUAUUUGGCCCUGUUUAUGGGUAUUACUCUUAAUAUUCUAAAAUUAAGACAGAAUAGUCAAUUGGUAAUUUUAGUAUAGAUGUUUGCGCUAUCCUCCUAUUUGCAAAUAUUUUGAGAGUUUUAUUUUGGUUUGGAGAGAGAUAUGAAACUCCUUUACUCUUCUAAUCACUACUUAUGAUUGUUACUUAAUUUAUCUUGCUUGCAUAGUGUAUCAAAGUUUCAAAUUAGAAUAAAGCAAACAAGUCUAUUGAAUACAGAGAUGGAGGACUUGCCUCAGCUAAGUUUUGGAAUAAAUUUUGGAGAUGGUAAGAUAUCAGAUCUUACGUUGAAUCUGUAAUCACUUUUACAGUUUUUUUCACUCUCGUAACACUUAUGUUUGUCCAUAAUUAUGCAGCUGUUUAGAUAAUAGGAAUGAUCAGUGCAAUGAUUGAAGCUACCCUUGGAUUCCCUUAAAUGAUUAAAAAUUAUUAAAAUCAAAAUGCAAGUGGUAUUAGCUAUGGAUUGAUCGGAUCGUGGUUUUUGGGUGAUUUUAGUAAGACAAUUUACUUUAUCUACAAAAGUGCUCCAUUAUAAUUUACAAUGUGUGGUGUAAUCUAACUAACUGUAGAUAUUUUGAUCAUACUCUAAAUGAAGGUGUACAAGUCAGAGGAACUUGUUAAAUGA